ACCCUUAGCCUUAUGUUAUGAAUUAUUAUGAAUAUCCUUUCAUGUCCAUACAUAUAGAUCUACAGCAUCACGUUUUUACUGUGGUAAAAUUUACCAUUUUAAUUGUUUUUAAGCAGCACUAUGUACAUUCACAUUGUUACGCAACCAUGACCGCCAUCUAGCCUGAACUACUUCAUCUUCUCAAAUUGAAACUCUACCCAUUGUACAGCAUCAGUUUUAAUGGUUGUAUGGAUAUAAUAUAAUUUCUUUCAGAAAGCCCUAUUGUUAAACAUUUUUUUCCCUACUAUACGUAUCCUUUAUCAACAACAGAUCUGUUGUACAUACGUCUUGCACAGGUAUUCAAUUAUUUCUGCAUGAUAAAUUCCUAGAAAUGAGAUCUGCUAGGACCUUUUAUACUAUGAGGAAUUGGUACAGCUUAGACAAAUUUACACUCACGUAUGGGUGUGGGUGUGGGGAAACUUUUAGAUCCUGGACACCAUCAGCAGGUAUUACCAUUCUCUUUGCUAUUUGCCAAUCUGAUAGGGAAGUAGCUUCUACUCAUUUUAAUUUUCAUUGUUUGGACUGCCAGCCCAGGCUAUGCUGUUUAACCCACAUCGUGUUUAUUCUCUUGAUGCCGAACUUGGAAAUGUGUCCGUGUAGAAGCAGAUUACGCCGCCUCUGAUUUAAACAAACAGAAAGUUAUAUAACCCGAUGCCUGCCUUUCGCCGCUGCAGCCUCUCCCGCGUCAGCUUCCACCAAGGACGAAGGCCGGUGUGACAGGCUGACACCUUCCCGCUCCCUCUUCGGAUAGCCCUCCCCGCUGGGGUUUGUCCACGUGACCGCCUGCCCCCCGAACCCGUGAAGCUCGGCCUCUCCGUCUGGGCGGAGCCCCUGCGUUUCCCUCCCGCCACUGGUUCUCAGCCUUCGGGGGCGCAGCAUCACCCACAGGCCUGGUUAGAGCCCUGACUGCAGCGCCCCACCCCCAGGUCUGGGAAGGAGCCGAGAAUGUACACGUCUAACAGUUUCCCGGGAGGUGUGCAGCAUCAGCUUCUGGUCUCAGGACACCUUUCGGGAACGACCGCUUUGCGACGCUGGGGAGCUCUUUGAAAGAUCUAGACCUUACAACUCCUCUCCACCGUAUCCAGCACCGGACCGGGCGUCCGCACUAAACCAGUAACAGGGCCACACAUCAUCGUCCCCACACGCUCGAAGCGAAGAACCAGAAGAGGACACUGGUCGGGGCACCCGGGCUGGAAUCCGGACGCGCUCCAAGCCCGGCUCUGCGUUUCGGCGUCUCGCCUCCAGGAAAGGAAAAAAGAUCCUCUUUGCUAUGUGGAGAAUGGAUUGGCGAAGAGAAAGAAGUGGGAGACCGUGGGGGAAACUGUUGCAGAAGCCCAGAGCACUUUCAAACCAGUGCCCGGGGCCGACUGGAACACUGACUGACCCAGGUGUCUGGAUGGAGACCUGAGCUGGGAGAAGGAAGACGCCCCUGGAAGGGAAUGGUUCCUGUCAGAGGCGACUCAGACACAAGAAGCACAGGGAAAUUACAGAGGAUAACAACAUGGAAAAGAAGCCCCAGGAUGGUAGAAAAGGUCUCCCCCACAGAGAAGUGCCCCCAGUUGUGGGGCUGCUGCUGGCCGUGGCCCUCAUGAACGCACUCCUCUACCUCUGCCUUGACCGCUUCUUCAUUUCCCCUCGACGGGCCGCCGUGGACGCAGGUCGCUGUCCCUACGGUUACUUCAGAAUGGGACAGAUGAAAAACUGCUCCCCGUGGCUGUCCUGUGAGGAGCUGAGGACAGAAGUGAGGCAGCUGAGGCGCGUAGGGGAAGGAGCCGUGAAGAGAGUCUUUCUGUCUGAGUGGAAGGAACACAAAGUUGCUCUCUCACGGCUCACCAGCCUGGAGCUGAAAGAUGAUUUCCUCCACGGGCUGCAGAUGCUGAAAUCCUUGCAGAGUCAGCAUGUUGUCAUGCUGCUGGGCUACUGUGAGGAAGACAACACUGUCCUUACGGAAUAUCACCCCUUAGGGGCCUUGAGCAACCUGGAAGAAACACUAAACCUUUCCAAGUACCAAAACGUGAACACGUGGCAGCACAGGCUGCAGCUGGCCAUGGACUACGUCAGCAUCAUCCACUACCUGCACCACAGCCCCCUGGGCACGCUGGUCAUGUGCGACUCCAGCGACCUGCGCAAGACGCUGUCCCAGUAUCUGCUGACGCGGAACUUCAGCAUCGUGGUGAAUGACCUGGACGCCUUGCCCCUGCUCAACCGCAGCUCCGGGGCUUUGGUGAAGUGCGGCCACAGGGAGCUGCACGGCGAUUUUGUGGCUCCAGAGCAGCUGUGGCCCUAUGGAGAGGACAUGCCUUUUCGUGAUGAUCUCAUGCCCUCGUAUGAUGAGAAGAUCGACAUCUGGAAGAUUCCAGACGUCACCAGUUUCCUUUUGGGGCACGUCGAAGGCAGUGAUAUGGUCCGAUUCCAUUUGUUUGAUAUUCAUAAGGCAUGUAAGAGCCAGGCUCCUGAAGAAAGACCCACUGCUCAGGACGUCCUGGACACCUAUCAGAAGGUUUGGAACUUACUCAGAGACACCAUGAUAUCUCAAACAAGAGAAAUGCUAUGAAACCAGGCCAGUGAGAGAGGGCUGGGCGUGGAGGAACAAAUGCAACCGUUGCAGCAAUUCCGCUCCCACGGAGUUUGCUGCUGUUUAGUGGUGUGGUUCUCGUUCUGCGUCCCCGUGCUCGCGUGAGGGUUCUCCCUCUCCUGGGGGCCUGGCGGAAGUUGCUAAGCAAGAGCAAACCCGCCUUGACUCAAGUCCGCCUUCACUUCCCGAGGCUGGUCUCUCCCAGGGGAAGAUGCAGAGAAGCAGGAGUCUGACCAGCAUCUGAACAAGGUAACAAAGACGGCGCUGCAAAGAGGCCUCCCUCCCUAAUGACUGAAUCUGUAAGCUUGUAAGAAAUGUAUAGAGAGAAGGUUUGUAAAUGGCAGUCUAUGAAAGAAACAUAAAGUAAUUCUCCAGAGAGUACUUUUUCCUCAUUUUUUUAGAUGGUGAUCAACAGACGGAGUCCAGGGAGGAUUUGUGCGCUGUUUCACGUGGUAUCGGUGAGCAUCUUUACUGUUUCGAAUCAUUGUUCUGUGAAGCUCCUGUGCCAUCCUCCUUCCAGCGAGCUGGAGGAGAACUAUGACAGAUGCUCUUUGAAAUUUUGAAUGGAUAAGGAAUAUUGCAAACAGCAAGUGUGAGGGAAAUUAAUCUAGGUUACUGCUUUGGAUGGUGCUUGUGAAAAUCCUGUUUACCUUCCAGCUAAGUUUUCUGUGUCCAAAAUUAGUUACUGUGAACGUUUUACAUCAGUAGUGUCACUCCUUCAGGUGUCAAGCCCUUCCACCUGAGUUGCAUGAUUGAAUCCUUCAAAAGGCUCUCUUCUUGGUCCCUGUCAUCGUCACUGGCAGGGGAUGGUGGAUCUGGUGCAUCUUACUCAUCACUAACCAGGUGGUCACAGCCGGCGCUGAGGGGCAAAGACGCUGUGCAGCAGACUCUGCCUCCCCUGUGCUCAGGCGGCGUCAGACUCACUGGGGUCACUGGAGCUGUCCCCACCCCACAGCCUCUGACUCAGGAGGUCUCGGGCAGAGUCUGAGACUCGGCAUUUCCGCCUGGCUCCCAGGUGCUGCUGGUGCUGCUGCUCUGGGGACCACAUUUUGGGAACCACUGCCGUUAACUGUCAGGAAGGAGCCACAGGCAGAGGAUAGGGCCGUGCUGUCAGUAUUGUCCGCUGUCCUGAUGCCAGUGGGUGACGGGGCCCUGUGGCUGCUCAGAGAGUGCCUGCCCAGAGUCUUCUAACUGUCACUUUUGUUAUAAAAACUCCACCGCAACCCACUAUGCUGGCUGUGAUCAAAAGUGUGGACAAUAGUAAGUGUUGGCUGGGAUGUGGGGAGUUGGAACCCUCCUACACUGCUGCUGGGAAUGUAAAAUGGUGCGGCUGCUUUGGAAAACAGUCUGGCUGUUCCUCUAAAAGAUUAAAAAUAGAGUUACCAUAACCCAGCACUUCCAUUCCCAAGUAUUUACCCGAGAGAAUUGAAAACAUGUCCAUAAAAACAUUUGUACACAAAUGUUCAUAGCAACACUAUUCAUAAUAGACAAAAGAUGGAAAUAAACUGAAUGUCCAUCAGCUGGUGGAUGGAUAAAGACAAUGUGGUGUAUCCACACAAUGAGACAUUAUCCAGCCAUAAAAACGAAUGAAUUUCUGAUACGUGCUCCAACAUGAAUGAACCGUGCAAACACACUAAGUGAUGUGGGAGGAGGUAAUCGAGAGGACAUGACCGCCACUUGACCCAAGAACUGGGCAUUGGAAACAUUCUCACCCCUCCCCGUCCUUGGAAUGCACACUCCCCACCGUUCCCACAGCGGGGGUCAUUUUCAGGGUCAUGGCCUUGAGAGAGCACUGAGUCUCGAGACCAUCUGGAUGAUCCAGGUCACUGAACCCCAUUAAGGCCUCUACAUAAACUUUGAAGAUUCUGGUGGGCAGUGCGGAGGUCGUCUGUAGCUGCCCAAGACGAGCGUCGUCAGUAAGUUCCCUCACUGAUUAAACCUGCCCCUCCCCAUCGAGUGUCUGCCUCUUUCUUCCUUCUCUCUCUGCCCUCCGUGUGUGGGGCCACUGUGUGAACCAACAUGUGACAGAAGCCAAUCAUGAAAGACCACGUGUUGCUGGCUUCCAUUAGUAUGAAAUGUCCAGAAUAGACAAAUCCAUAGAAAUAGAAAGUAGGUUAGUGGUUUCCAGGGGCUGGCAGGGGGUCGGGGGUGAAGGAUGGGGAGUGCUUGCUAAUGGGUACAGAGUUUCUCUUUGGGGUGAUGAAAAUGUUCUGAAAUUAUGUAGUGGUUGUAUCGUGGUUGCACAACUCUGUGAAUAUACUAAGUAACACUGAAUUGUAUAAAAAGGGCAAGUUUUAUGGUAUGUGAAUUAUAUCUCAAUAAAGCCGAAAAAACCCUACGUCUGUGA